ACUAGAACGUCAGAUUUCCGGAAAUGGCCCCCAGAAAUCAUCGCUCUGUGGUCGAAUUGAUUUAGAUUAAGCUUCCUGAAUGUAGCAGUCUCGCGAUUUAGAAACAAUAUGUCGUGGAAGUACUCUUCCAUUAUUUGGAAAUGAAGUUAGAUUAACCAGGCUAUCUCAUAUCCACAGCCAUGAACAAGAUAUCGAACGUUGUGUAUUCGGGUUGGAUGGUGAAGUCUCCCCCAGAGAAGAAGUUUCGUCUGACUGGGCCCUGGAAAAUAUUCCGAGCUGUAAGUCAAUUUACCCAAGAUGCUACUGACACCAGCAAGUGGAAGCGACGGUUCUUCGUGUUGUUCAAGCCAGCAAGUAGCCUUCCUCACCAGUACCUUCUGAACUACUACACUGACGAGAACUGUAAGAAACUCAAGGGAUGUAUUGACCUUGAACACUGUGAGCAGGUUAUUGAGUCUCUUGACCUUGAUAUAUUUCCGUUCCUCCUGGCACUGAAGACGUUCCACAAGGGCAGAGAACGUACCUACUUUUUGUCUACAGAUACAGAAGAUGAGAUGACCACCUGGGUCCGUAGCUUGUGUAGUGUCUGUGGCCUCAAGCCAGAGGAAAGUCCAGACUUGCCCCCAGAAAAACCAGAUGCUCCACAUAACCAUGACAACAGUAACGCCAUGGCUUCGCCUGUGGCUGUGGUACCACCCCGUCCACAAAGGUCCCAGACUGUAUCAUCACAGCCACAGACAGAUGUGAAGAUGCGUGGACGGUCUAUUGGGAGGACCAACUCCAAAUCAGGUUCUCACUACAUACCAUUAUCAGAUUGCCUUAGUGAAAAGUCGCGACGAUCAAGCAUACCGGAUGAAGUGGCACCUCCACCCCCUAUGAAAGCUCCUAAACCUCCAGCCCCUCUUCCUGAGGGGGAUGACAGUGUGUUCCAACAGACAUAUGACACACCCAAACAGCGUGGUGUAGAAGAUGAGACAGACUCAGAUGUUUAUAAAGUACCUCCCCCGCGGCGGGAGGAAGGAGCAACCCUGGAGGUAUAUGACAUCCCUCCUCCAGCCCGUCAGUCACCGAGUACUCCUCGCUCGUCUAGCAGUGAGAGCCAGAAGGACUCUGCCUAUUCCUCUCAGUCUGCCUUAACAGGCCUCACUUACGACUAUCCCCCUACUCACCCCGACCGCGCCCCAACAUCUGAUGAAGUCUACGAUUUCCCACCACCCAACCCCCAGAUGAUACAAACUCAUUCUGAUGUGCCCCCUCCUCGACCCCCUAAGGCUUCUGCCCUGAGUCAAGAGCCCUAUCAGAACUUACCCUCCAACAGUGUCGUUGUAAAGGAACACAAACAAAGCAGUAUGGAUUUAAAUGUUGUUGUGCCACCUACAAUAUCUGAACGUGGCCCAGUAGGCCAGAGUUAUGAUGUACCACGGGCACAGAAUGCCAUUCGCAACCUGUCUCUUUAUGACAUGCCAAAACCACAACUGAAUGGAGGUUCUAAAAAAGACUCAAGUUUGCUGGCAAUCCCCCCUCCUCCCCAGUCAUGUGCCAGUAUGUCGUCCCAUAGCUACAUCAAUGCUGCUAGGGGGUAUGUCCCCACCCCUAAGGACAAAAUUGAGGAUGCCUACCUUCCUAUGGAGCGUGCCUUUCCUCCUAGUGACUCUAUGGACAAAAGUGCGUACUCUGACAUGUCACGUAUACCCACAUCUCCCAUAAACUAUACUGACAUGUCAGUUUUAUCACCAGACUACGACACCCCACCCAAACCUGGCCUCCCUCCCAGGGUAUCACCCAGGGCCAGCAAUGACACCGGACUUGAAGGAAUGACACGGACAGAAGGUGACACCUACACAAUAUUUAGUAAUGCUCGAACACGCAGCUUCAAGCGUAACAACUAUAUCGACCACAGUGGAAGGGUAGAUGCUCCUACAACACUGCGAGUCCAGCUUCCUUACGUGUCAAAUAACCGACACCCAGAUUUCUCGACGAGUUCAGAGGAAGAAGACGAGCCAGUGCUAGGUGACCCUUCCCAGAUUAUGAUGCCUCGAGGACAUGGCUCAAAUCUCUGGGGCAGCACACCACCAGCACCAAAGCGACAAGAAGCAGAGCUGAAAUAUCUUGACCUUGCUCUGGAUGACACAUCAGACAAGGAAGCUAUGCGGUCACCGCACAGCCACACCGGACAUUCCACACCGACGGAGUACCGAGAGAUAGACUUCGUCAAAACACAAGCACUCAGUGAUGUCAAAAAGACUGUUGACAAUCAGCGUAAACAUGACGACCAAUGACCUCUGACAAUCAGCGUAAACAUGACGACCAAUGACCUCUGGUAUCACGUCAUACAUGAUAUGGCAGUAGGAUUUUAAAUGUGGGAACAUGAUUUUGAUGCAUCUGGAAGGGUGAAAUGUUAUUGUUGAACUUUGAAAUGUGGGCACAAGCCGUUCAUAUGACGGGGAGGUUUGAUGGUUACAGAUGUCACAAGCCAUUCAUAUGUCAGGGAGGUUUGACAAUACAGUUGUUACAAACCGUUCAUAUGACGGGGAGGUUUGACAGUACAGUUGUUACAAACCGUUCAUAUGACGGGGAGGUUUGACAGUACAGUUGUUACAAACCGUUGAUAUGACGGGGAGGUCUGAAGACUACAGUCGUCACAAUCAUGUAUUUGGGAGAGUUACAACAUGUAUGCCUCUGACCACAACAUUCUUUGUGAAUUUGGCUGAUGGACAGACAGAGUGAAACAUCCCAUCUUUUAAAAUACAACUGACCAAUGUAAUGUGUUCCAAGUCACAUUUAUCAAUUAACUUUCUUCAUUAUCAUAGCUGUAAUGUCACUGCUAGUCGACUUUCACCACUGUAAAACAACUAAAGGUUUUACAAGUGGUCUACCAUAUGCUAGAGUGUGAAAGUAUAUCAUAGCAGAUCAUAUACACUGCGACAGUCUGUUUCUGAAACUCGAGACACAAUUGUCACAAAACUGUCACAAUUAAGCCAUAUGUCACAAAUAUAUCACAGAUUUGUCCCACCCAUGUCACAAUCUAGAAAACAUUGACCCAUGCUGUCCUCCAUUUUACCCAAGUCAGGUUAUGAACCUUUGAACAGUAAAAGGCCACCACUUUCCUUCCCACCUGGUGAAUUUGUUCACCAUACUCUGAAUUAAGUCCCCUUAUAUGCUGUGUGUGUAUUAUAUAUCAAUAAUUUGUCAAUUAGAAAUGCCAUAAUUAUUGAUAAUAGAUUAUAUAUUUACAAUUUCUAUUUUAUAUUUCAUGCAUCAUUUAAUUUUGUCGAAGUGUGUUGAAACCAAUUCCCCUCUAUGGUGAAAUAAUACAUGUACAGGAAUUCCUAUAUGGUGAAACAAUGUGGGAAUUCCUAUAUGGUGAAAUAAUGUGGGAAUUCCUAUAUGGUGAAACAAUGUGGGAAUUCCUAUAUGGUGAAAUAAUGUGGGAAUUCUUAUAUGGUGAAACAAUGUGGGAAUUCCUAUAUGGUGAAACAAUGUGGGAAUUCUUAUAUGGUGAAAUAAUGUGGGAAUUCUUAUAUGGUGAAACAAUGUGGGAAUUCCUAUAUGGUGAAAUAAUGUGGGAAUUCAUAUAUGGUGAAAUAAUGUGGGAAUUCAUAUACAUGUAUGGUGAAAUAAUACAGGAAUUCCUAUAUGGUGAAACAAUGCAGGAAUUCAUUUGAAUACUGAUAGAUUCUCAUUUGCACCAUGAAGAUGUUGUUUUCCUAAAUAGUCAAAUUAUUUUAUAUCUUCAAGUAAGGAAAAAUAAUUGAUAAUUUUCACAACUAGUUUGAAAUCACUGUGUUCUAAUCAGGUCACUAGACAGUCAAUAAAUUCAUUCUUUAUCAUGAAGGGAGAGUCUCAUUAUGAGAUGGUAGGACCUAUUACCGAGGUAAAGGGCGUACAUGUCUCAACAUGAGAUUGUACAACUUGUUGCCAUGGUAAACGGUGUAUGUCUCGCUGUGAGAUGGUACGUCUGUACUGAAGUCAUUAAGGCGUGUCUUACUAUGAGAUAGUAUGGCCCAUCAUUUUACAAUGAAUUCCCAAUCAGACCCCAACACAACGGUGCAAUAAUUCAGUAUAUUAUUAACAAUUGUUAAAUCUGUUAUCUAAGAUACCAAUUGUGUUUGUUAAUUUCCUUUUAAGCCGGUGCCAAUGAUAAAACGGUCACUUAUAAUCAAAGUAUUCUUACCACCUUCCCCCUCAUCAUUCUGUUUGUUAGGAAAUACCAUAAAUCAUAAUGCUGAACUGUUUUGAGUCAUAACGUCAUGCAAAGAUGUUUUUGAUAAAAUAUGAAAAUCUGAGAUGAAGAAUGUAUCUAUUGUUGUCAUUUUAAAUAGGUGUUCCUUAGCGAUGUUUUUGCUUGACAUAUUUUAUGGAAAUAUUUGUUUCACUGCUAGUCAGGAAUUGUAAAUGCCAAGACAAGGGAAAUAAAUCUAUACCAGAAAAAUUUACAUCAAAUUUUAAAACCAGCUCUGACAGUUUUCUACACCUUUCUCUGAUGAAAAAACAUUUAAGAUAUGACAUCAUAAUAUGAUGCAGCACUUUAAAGAAAGCAUUACAAAUAUAAUGCUGAAAUGCCCAGUAAUGCUUAAAAGAUAUGCCAAAUAAGGCAAACAAAUCUCGUGCCAGUAAACCUGUUGAACAUAAUGUUACAAAUAUAUAAAGUAUUAUAAUAUCAACAUGUUUGAAAGCCAAAUCAAUCUCCUGAAGGUCAUUGAUAGCCAAAUCAAUCACCUGAAGGUCAUAUCCUACAUUGUAAAUGAUCAUGCUAGAUAUUUUACUGAUAAGAGAUGAUUUUCAGAUUGCUGUGAAUUUAAUUAUUUUAGUAGAUACAUUUUUAUUUUAUUUCAGCAUAUUUUAAACUAUUUCAAUGUAUUUUAUAAUGGCUAUAUAGUCAUCAAGUUAGUGUUUUCUUUGUUUCAACAGUACACUAAUUAGGACAGUACACUAAUUAGGACAGUACAUUAAUUAGGACAGUACAUUAAUUAGGACAGUACACUAAUUAGGACAGUACACUAAUUAGGACAGUACACUAAUUAGGACAGUACACUAAUUAGUAAACACUGAGACAGUACAUUUCUACGAACAAUGUCUUUUAAUUCUGAUUUAAACUUGUGUACAAUAUGAUUUGGUGUUCUGUUCCCAUGGAGGUUAGACAUUGUCCAUUAUGUUUUGCUUAUAUGACAUUACCAGCUGAAUAGGAAGUAAGAUUUUAAACAACAAUCAUAGACUAUGACACACCAAUAUAAUUAUUGAUCAUGAAGCUAGUACAUUAGUUUGGUGCCAAAGUAUUUUUGUAAAUAUAUAUUUUAUCUUAUGUGGUCCACUAAGGAUUCUUGUCACAUUUACUACUCUGAAAGAGAUUUGGUAUUCUUGUGUACCUACAGCAGUCAAAUACUUGACCUUUUGUCCCCUAAAUACAGAAGUAUUCAUUAAUUUUUUCUUCUAGUCCAUGUCAGUCUGUCCUUUCGUCCCCUAAAUACAAAACUAUUCAUUAGUUUUGUCCUCUGAUCCAUGUAGCCCUGUCCUUUUGUCCUCUAAAUACAAAACUAUUCAUUAAUUUUGUCCUCUGAUCCAUGUAGAGCUGUUCUUUUGUCCCCUAAAUACCAAACUAUUCGUUAAUUUUGUCCUCUGAUCCAUGUAGCGCCGUUCUUUUGUCCCCUAAAUACCGAACUAUUCGUUAAUUUUGUCCUCUGAUCCAUGUAGCCCUGUCCUUUCGUUCCCUAAAUACCAAACUAUUCGUUAAUUUUGUCCUCUGAUCAAUGUAGAGCUGUUCUUUUGUCCCCUAAAUACCAAACUAUUCGUUAAUUUUGUCCUCUGAUCCAUGUAGCCCUAUCCUCUGGUCCAUGUAGCCUUGUCCUUUCGUUCCCUAAAUACCGAACUAUUCGUUAAUUUUGUCCUCUGAUCCAUGUAGCCCUGUCAUACCUUCGUGUAUAAUUAUUCUAUUUAUUUUUUAUAUAGAUGUGUUGUUUACUAAUUUUGAAACUAAUGGGAUAUUUUGGAUCAAGACUGUUUGCUAUUAUUAACCUCUAUAUAAGUAUUAUACAUAUUAUAACCAUAUAUCAAACGUGGGUGGAAUAGAAAUGGCGGAACUUUAAAGGUGGAAGAGUGACGUACAAUGUACAGGUGCAGUGCACACAAAUUUUUACAUUUACUAAUAACUGAUUUUUAUCGUACUGUAAAUAUAUUUCAAAGCAAUGUCAAUUGAUGAGAGAUCUGUGCCUCUUUUAAGCCAAUCUUUUGUUAUAUUUAUAUUUUUUCAAAGUUGUUUUCUUCAGAAUUUGAAGAAGGAUACGGUAGUUAUAGAAGAACAAUGCCGUAUGUGUGGAUUUUCAAUUAGGGAUGUAGACCAUCUAUACUGAUUUACACUACAUAAUGUACUACUUUAUCUAGCACGGACUACUGAGCUUUUUGUAGAACUCCAUCAAUAUAGUAUCUAAUAACCCUAUUGUAACCCUGGUAAAUACUAGCCACAAUAUACCGCUGGGCUAGGGAGAUCUUCUCUUUAGCUCGAUCAGUUAAGCGUAAGACUAGUAAGCCAGGGGUCCCGGGUUCGAUACCUAGCGGAGGCAGUGAUUUAAAUUUAAUUAAUUCUGCGCUGUUACAUUGGCGCCCAUGUAGGGCCCCGGGAAUGAUACUCAUCGCUGCUUGCGAAGGCAUCGCUGUUACCCCCUGGAAAACUCAAUGACGAGUUCUUUCCUAGAGAGGUAAUAUGUAACCCUGGUAAUAAAUACUAGCCACAAUAUACCACUCGGCUAGGGAGAUCUUCUCUUUAGCUCAAUUGGUUGAGCGUAAGACUAGUAAGCCAGGGGUCCCAGGUUCGAUCCCUAGUGGAGGCAGUGAUUUAAAUUUAAUUAAUUCUGCGCUCUCUUACAUUAUGAAAUAUUGAUCUUAUUGUGAGUACUACUAAUAGAAAGUGUAAUGGCUGUACUGAGCAUUGGGGUUUCUUGCUGUGUCUGCCCUGCAAUAACUUAUGUUAAUAGGACAUAAAACAAUACUAAAAGUAGGUCUUAAUUUCAAGAUUUCAUAAAAUGUGUUUAUACUACUUAGCCAUGCUAGUGCAGUAUUUGAAUUCAGCAAUACAAUUCUAAAGAUAUAUAUUUGAUCCUGUGAUAAUACUAGUACCCAAAUCCUCCAUUCACUCCUCAUACAUGUAACAAGCUUCAUAACCCCCAAUGUGAAACCCCAUAUUUUAAAGAUUUUACUGUUUCAUGACAACAAACUGACCGACACAUCAUAGUUUACGAUUUUACCGAUAGGUGACAAUAAGCUAACCGACACAUCUUUAGUUUACGAUAAACCAAUAGGUGACAAUAAACUGACCGACACAAUAAAGUUUAUUAUUUACCGAUAGGUGGCAAUAAGCAGACUGACACAUCAUAGUUUACGAUUUUACCGAUAGGUGACAAUAAGCUAACUGGGUGACAAUAAGCUAACUGACACAUCUUUAGUUUACGAUAAACCAAUAGGUGACAAUAAACUGACCGACACAACAAAGUUUAUGAUUUACCGAUAGGCGGCAAUAAGCAGACUGACACAUCAUAGUUUACGAUUUUACCGAUAGGUGACAAUAUUCUGACUGACACGUCAUAGUUUACAAUUUUACCAAUGGGCAACAAUAAGUUGACAGACACAUCAUAGUUUACGAUUUUACCGAUAGGCGACAAUAUGCUGACCGACACAUCAAAGUUUACGAUUUUACUGAUAGGCGACAAUAUGCUGACCGACACAUCAAAGUUUAAGAUUUUACUGAAAGGCGACAAUAAGCUGACGGACAUCUUAGGUUAUGUUUUUACCAAUAUGUUUUUGAAGCUUGUCCUCAACAUGAAUUGGAAUCAUGUUGUAUCAACCAAUAUACAAUGUAUUAACUCAGCCAAACCUUGUUUAUAAAUAUUCAUAGUCAUGACAUGUAAUGAUUUUUUUUUUUUUUGCAUUAAUGAGUAAUGGCACUACUUUGUACAAAAUGGCAGAUAUAUUGUAAUAGUGCUGGUUUAUAACUUGUGGUACUGCUAACCAUGUGAUACUGUAAUUAGGAAGCCAUAGGUGAUUACAUGUGGUUAUAUAUGGCGAGUCCAUUGUUUUAGAACAUGUAUUGGAUCUACUUCCUCUGGUCAGACGACCUUUUAGAUCUGAAUGUAAUGUCCUCUGACCAGGGAAAGUAUGUUUGAUCUAAAUGUAUGGUUCCCUGAUCAGAGUCCCUGUUGACCUAUAAAAUAAAAUGAUGAAAUAUU